UCACAUUCCUUUCCUUCCUUCUUUUCCUCUUUAUUUUUUUCCGCUUUUAGGGUUUCUCAGAUUUAUUUGAGGUCACCCUUUUUCUUUCAUAUACAUCUCUACGCUUUUUUUAUUCAUUGGUCUCUUUGGUUUCAACAGUUUCGUUUUUGGUUGGUGAAAAAGGAGCUUUUGUAUUUCGCUCAUUUCUGAAUCUGCCGGGUGAAGUUAGGUGAAUUUUGGUGGGUUGGAAGCUUUAACUUCACUUUCUAAAGGAUUUUCACAAAUAUGUGCAGUAAUUUGCUAUAAAUGCGGUGUAUCUGUGGAGAUGAAGAGUUUCCAGGAAACCAGCACUUUAUGGACUGCUCAAUUACUAGCAGUGACAAGAAAACGUUGAAGAAGUGGUUUUUCAUAGACAAAAGAGUUGGGUGAAAACAAAAAGAAAAGAAAAAUUAAUUUUCCCAAGUUGCUGUUGAUAUCAAACAUUUAGUUUAUAGAUUAUUAAGCUGCAAGUAAUCUGGAUAAAAUGGAGUUGAAGUCAAAUCAUUCAUCUCCUGUUCUCACCGAUGCUGCACCGUUAAACAAGUCAAAACUAGGCGUACGUUCUGGUUUGUUGCCUGACUCCUCCGCUGGACCAUCAUUUUCCGGCAAGUAUGUCAGAGUUUCAAGAAAAAAGCCUGGAAAGCUUGAUGAUGUUAGCGCCAAUGGCUGGCUUGACGCCAUGAAAUCAUCUUCUCCUCCUCGCAAGAAGCUAAACAAGGAUUUCAAUUCUUUGGUUGCAUCAGAAGAUUCUGAGAAUGCUUAUCGUUCCUGGAUGCUCAAGUACCCAUCAGCGCUUAGCUAUUUCGAGCAGAUAACAAAUUUUGCGAAGAACAAAAAGAUUGCUAUGUUCUUAGAUUAUGAUGGGACUCUUUCACCAAUAGUUGUUGACCCAGAUCGUGCGAUGAUGUCCGAUGGUAUGCGUUCUGCAGUGAGAAAUAUUUCAAAGUAUUUCCCAACGGCAAUUAUCAGCGGAAGAAGCAGGGAUAAGGUUUUUGAAUUGGUAGGACUAACAGAACUCUAUUAUGCUGGUAGCCACGGGAUGGACAUUCUUGGCCCAGUCAACAGCACUGUGUCUGAUGGCCACCCUAAUUGUAUUAAAUCAACUGACCAACUGGGUAAGGAAGUAAAUUUGUUCCAACCAGCUAGAGAAUUCAUACCUAUGAUCAAUGAGGUUUUUAGAACCCUUGUUGAGAAGACUAAAAAAAUUCAAGGCGCAAAAGUUGAGAAUCAUAAGUUUUGUGCUUCUGUACAUUACCGUAAUGUAGAAGAGAAGGAUUGGUCUGCAAUCGCACAAUGUGUCCACGAUAUACUCAAAGAGUACCCUCGUUUGCGAUUAACUCAUGGGCGGAAGGUUUUAGAGGUCCGUCCUGUGAUUGACUGGAAUAAGGGAAAAGCAGUGGAAUUUCUGCUUGAAUCUCUUGAACUUAGUAAUAGUGACGAUGUGCUGCCCAUCUAUAUUGGAGAUGAUAGGACUGAUGAAGAUGCAUUUAAGGUGUUGAAAGAGAGAAAUCAAGGCUAUGGAAUCCUAGUAUCUUCUGUCCCUAAGGAGAGCAAUGCAUUUUACUCUCUUAGGGACCCCUCAGAGGUACAGGAAUUUCUUUCGUGUUUGGUGAGAUGGAAGAAGUUGGAUGAAGCUGUUUCCUCGAAUUUAUAAGAGGCAAUUCUGACAAUUAGUCAUAAUUUCUUUUUUCUAAAUAAUUCAAUCAACCAACGUUUGAGCAGCUAAUUUAUUUUAAUCUUAGCCAAAGCUCUUUCAAAUUAUUCGACGUUUUUAAUUAAUCGUUGUUGAGUAAUUUUUUCAGAA